GCUUCCGCUCCUGCGCACUAUCGCCGAGGCACCGGGAAAAGGCGCUUGAGGCAGUUCAAGUCCGGCUCUCGGACUCGUCAUGUCCUCUAAUCUCCUGCCCCCUGUAGCGCUAACCCUCAAACAGUUCAUGAGAAGGCAACAAGUCCUCCUUUUAUAUAGAAAGAUUUUACAAGCAAUUCGCCAGGUACCAAACGAACAAGACCGCAAGUAUCUAAAGAACUGGGCAAGGGAAGAAUUCAAAAGAAAUAAAAGUGCCACAGAAGAGGUAAGGAUGCUCAAGAACUCGACCUGGUGGCAGCAGCCCCCCCUUUCACUACUGUUCAGCUUCUUUUCAAUGAUUGGAUAUAAUCCGAAUGAUGAUUACGCAAGGAAAUCUGCAGUUGAAAGAAUUGGAGAAAACAUUAAACUUAGCAAAAGCGUAACUUCAUAACUUCCCCAAGGGGUGUUCAAAAUCUAUGUUAGAGUACUACAAGGUAAAUGGAGUUUUAAACUCAUUGCAAGGAUUAGGAAGCUAAGGUGUUUGUAACAACCCUUGCCUAGUGAUGAUCCCCACUAUAAAGUCAAAGAGCAUGAUACAUUUGUGUGUAGCCUGACUUGGACCCUGACUUGUGUUAAGGAAGAACAAAUAAAAGAGCACCUUGGGAGUUGCCUUAGUAGUGAAAAAUAAAUACUAACGACUUGUUUUAUUAUUUUGGA